AUGCUCGGUACCCCCUCCACUUGCUCGGCGGCGGGAGCGGAUCGCCUCCUCAGCGCCACCGCCCGCCGGCCCCCCAUUGCCGAGUAUUACGUUCAUGGCCGUGGGCGUGGACACGCAUCGCGGGGCAAAACCAUGGUCCAGGCUCUUGAGCAGUAUGGCUACCACGUAUGCGUCUUUGUUGACCCGGACGUUGCGGCCAUGGUUCAAUCCGUUGGGUCGGAGCGCGUUGCCGUGACCAGCAUGCCCGUAGGCGCAUCCCUACCCAGUGUCUGGCGUAGUUUCACCACCUUGCUGUCGCGGUUCUUCAUGGAUGCCGACUGCAGCAUCUGCCAACGCCGCGAGUAUUCACCAGACGUCAUUGUGACUGACGGCGACUUUCCGGGGGCUUGGCGUGCUGUGCGCGCCGACAUUCCUGCCGUGGCCGUGGGGCAUGGCUAUGUCUUCAGCUCCACCAAUCGGCCCGCGUUUGCCAGCAAGGAGCCUUGGCGCGCCCAGCGCCGCCUCAACAAACGCACCACCGAUCUGGCCGACUGCACCGUCGGCGUCUCCUACUACCCCCUCAGUCCCACCAACAAUCACACCAUCAUUGCCAAGCCGCGCCUCCGUGAUCAGUUUCUCCGCCUUGAGCGUCGUGUGCCUGCCCGGCCUCGCAUUGUGACCUACUUUCGUGAUGAAGGUGUCGGUGCCGAGGUCCUUGAUGUCCUGGCUGCCACGGGCUACGAGAUUCUGGCCUUUGGCACUGGAAGUGCUGUGACGACCACCCGUUCGGGUGUGCGCGUUUUACCCUUUGAUGAAACACUCUUUUUAAACAGCUUGGCCGAGGCCAGCGCGGUUGUGGGCACCAGUGGCGACAACCUCAUCGCUGAAAGUAUGACGCUCGGCAUUCCCAUGCUUGGUCUUUACCGCGCCGGUGAUGAUGAGCAACAGCUAAACGCCGAAAUGUUGGAGCAUGCCGGCUUUGGACUCAAAUCUUCUUUUGAAGAUCUCAACGCCUCGCUCAUUCAGCACUUUCUGGACAACCUUGACCUCUUCACGGGUUCGGCCCCUACCACCAACUGGCAGGCGCCUGAUGCGGUCGCCGCCACGUUUGAGUGUAUCAAGAAGGUGUCUCACCGCGCUCGCGAGUGGCACCGUCACCUCGAUGGGCUGGAUGAAGACAUGGUGGGCCCCGUGGCCGAGGCACGUCGUCGGUUGCUGCUUGAGCCACCGCGCGCGGUUACGGCCAGCCCGCCCCCUGUUGUCGCUGACGCAGCCGCCGCUGCCCUCCAAGCUGUUUCGAAUCAACAGGCCGAGCGCGCUGCAGAUGCUGCCGAGGCCGAUGUUUCCUUUGAGUUUUUUGGCGUUUGA